AACGUCGAAAUGUGUCCGUUCCGGUGAACUGAAGGCGUAUGAUGUUUUGUAUGGGGUGGUUAGGUUAGCGCCUUAACAGUUUAAAAUCUACAUCUUACAGUCAUAACGGGGCUCCUUGUUCGAUCCCGGGUGUGUUCAGGAGGCUGUGAUGGGAGUGGACCACACGGAGCCGGAGGACGCGGUGGGCAGGCGGGUGUCCUGCGAUGGGGAGCGGGCUACGGUUCUGUAUGUGGGCUCGGUGCCACCUACAGCAGGGCUGUGGCUCGGCGUAGAGUGGGAUAACCCGGAGAGAGGCAAACACGACGGCAGCCAUAACGGAGUCCAGUAUUUUACAUGCAGACUCCCUAAAGGAGGCUCCUUCGUGCGUCCAGGUAAGGCGAGCUUCGGGGUCGACUACCUGACGGCGGUGGAGCAGCAGUACGUCUAUGAAACAGACAAGAGCUACAUCGAUUGGGAGGGGAGGAGCAAAAAGCUCAGUCACGAGAUGCUAACGUCUGUGUUGCUGUGCGGCUGUGAAGUCAACGGGUCGGGACCGGACGGAGAAAUCCGGAAAAAAACACCACAGGUGCAGUGGUUGGAUCUGUCUAAGACUCUGAUGUCCUGCUGGGAGGACGUGUCGUCCAUCACCCAGCAGCUGGAUCAGCUGGAAGGACUACAGCUCAGCUCUAACAGACUGCGGUUGCUCUCUGAGCCGUCCUCUCACGGCGAGGCGUUCCUCAAACUGAAAACUCUCGCCCUCAACAGCUGUGACCUCACCUGGCCUCAGAUCCUGGAGUGCGCCCCCAUGUGGCCACAGCUGGAGGUUCUGAGUGUGGAAGAGAACGACAUCACAGAGCUGCAGAGGCCGGAGGGAGUCCUGCAGACGCUGAAGACUCUCAGUUUGUCAGGAAACGCUUUAAUCCAGGACAGCGUGCUCAAAAUAGCUGCUCUGCCCAGAUUAGAGGAGCUGAACUUGUCGAGGACCGGACUGACCCUGACCGAACUUCGGUUUGACGACGCCGCUCCCGGAUCUCUGACCGCCAUGUUCCCCGCUCUAAAGAAUCUUUACCUCGACCACAACAACAUCGCCGAGUGGCGGGUGGUGGACGAGUUCGCCAAGUUGCCCAGUCUGGUCAAGUUUUCGUGUCUCGGGAACCGCCUGGCGAGCAAAGACGGAAACCCCCGAACGGCAACUCAGCUGAUGAUCGCCAAACUGGGAAGACUGGUCGUCCUCAACCGCUGCGAGAUCCACCCCGAUGAGAGGAGGGGGGCGGAGCUUGAUUACCUGAAGAUGUUCGGGGAGGAGUGGUUGAAGGCAGGAGGGGGCCUUCAGCCGGACAGCACGUUCACCUGUCAGCACCCUCGUUACCUGAGCCUCGUCGACAAGUACGGAGCUCCAGAAGAAGGCGAGCUGAAGAAGCAGGAGGCAUUUGCCCUGAAGAAUCAGCUGUUAAAGGUCGUGUUUGUGUUCCCUGAUGACGCCGAGCGGAAGCCGAUCGAGAAGAAACUUCCAGCCUCCAUGGUGAUCCAGAAGGUGAAGGGGCUCCUGUACAGGCUGCUGAAGGUUCCCGCGGUAGAUCUGAAGCUCACCUACACCAGCCCAAAGAAGGAGGGGACAGAGUUUGAGAUCGACAACGACCUGAAGUCGCUGCAGUUUUACUCCAUCGAGGCCGGAGACAAGGUGUUGGUUCGCUGGUCCUGAUCCGAGUUCUAGGAGUUGAUGAACCGGCCCGGUCCACUUUUCAGACGGAUCGGAGGCUUCAGAGUCAGACUUCAUCCAGCUGCAGACUGUGAAUGCUUUAUGUGUGUACACGUGUUGGAGAUGAUGCCGGGACUCGUACUGAGACGUGGAUUUACUUUAAAAAGACUCAG